AUGAUUGGGAGGGGGAUUGGAGCACCUGAAUCACAUGAUAUGGAGGGGAUUGGAACACCUGAAUCACAUGAUAUGGAGGGCAUUGGAACACCUGAAUCACAUGAUAUGGAGGGGAUUGGAACACCGGAAUCACAUGAUAUGGAGGGGAUUGGAACACCUGAAUCACAUGAUAUGGAGGGGAUUGGAACACCUGAAUCACAUGAUAUGGAGGGGAUUGGGACACCUGAAUCACAUGAUUGGGAGGGGAUUGGAACACCUGAAUCACAUGAUAUGGAGGGGAUUGGAACACCUGAAUCACAUGAUAAGGAGGGGAUUGGAACACCUGAAUCACGUGAUUGGGAGGGGAUUGGAACACCUGAAUCACAUGAUUGGGAGAGGAUUGGAACACCUGAAUCACAUGAUAUGGAGGGGAUUGGAACACCUGAAUCACAUGAUUGGGAUGGCGGGCCCAAUACA